CCCCGACACACUGGACUCCUCUCCCCCACGGCAGAGCGCGCAGGUCCCGCGGAAGAUCAUGGAGGUAUCGGCCCUGACCAAAAAGCUGUGGUGCGUCCACAAGCAACUCAUCCUGGUUAUCACUCCGCUACUGUUUCUGCCGCUCAUUUUUGCGUUGCCAGAGAAGGAGGGAAAAUGCUUAUAUGUGGUGGUUUUGAUGGCUACUUUCUGGUGCACAGAGGCCCUUCCUUUGGCGGUCACUGCGAUGCUUCCCGUAUGCUUGUUUCCCACUCUGGGAAUCCUUCCAUCCAAAAAAGUGUGCCCUCAGUACUUCCUGGAGACUAACUUCUUGUUCCUGAGCGGGCUAGUGAUGGCGUCAUCCAUCGAAGAAUGGGGUCUGCACCGAAGAAUCGCUCUGAAAGUCCUGAGCAUUGUUGGAGUUCAGCCCGCCUGGUUGAUUCUGGGGAUGAUGCUGACCUCAUCCUUCCUCUCCAUGUGGCUCAGUAACACCGCCACGACUGCCAUGAUGCUUCCAAUCGCUAACGCCAUCCUGGAGAGUCUGUUUGGAGACUUGGAGAAGCUCAAACGCAAGUGCACUGACAAAGAGGAGACAGACGCAGACGGUAUUCUGUUAGCUCACUCCACUAAGCUGCAUUCGCUUCCCUCCCUGCCAUCAGAAAAACAAAUACUGUCAAUGGAUAUAGAGGAUGCACCUGAGCCUCCAGACACAAGGAGUGCGGAGGAGAUCCAGUCCGAGGCACAGUACCAGCUCCAAGUUUGGAAAGGCUUCCUCAUCUGUAUCCCGUACGCCGCCAGUAUCGGGGGGACCGCCACUUUGACUGGCACCGCGCCAAACCUCAUCCUCAUCGGACAGCUCAAGAGUUACUUCCCAGACUGUGACCUGAUAAACUUUGGUUCGUGGUUCGCCUUUGCCUUCCCGCUCAUGCUGCUCUUCCUGUUCGUGGGGUGGCUCUGGAUUGCAUUUCUCUAUGGAGGACUCAACACAAGGUUGUGUUUUAAAAGGGAGGACCACAGGGCGAAAGCAGAGGCCAGAGCCAAAGCCAUGAUCAUGGAAGAUUACAAAAAGCUCGGGCCCAUAAAUUUUGCAGAAGGAGCGAUCUCUUUCUUUUUUGUACUAUUUGCGGUUCUCCUUUUCACAAGAGAUCCUAAGUUUGUCACUGGUUGGGCUGUGUUUUUUAAAAAGGGCUAUGUUUCAGAUGCAGUCACUGGCGUCAUUAUUGUGUCCAUACUCUUCUUUUUCCCGUCUCAGAAACCCUCUCUGCGCUGGUGGUUUGACCCUCAUGCUUCCAACACACCGUACGUUCCUCUUUUGUCCUGGAAAAAAGCUCAGGAUUCUGUUCCCUGGAACAUUAUUCUGCUGCUGGGAGGAGGCUUUGCUAUGGCCAAGGCCUGUGAGGAGUCUGGUCUGGCCUCUUGGAUUGGGGCUCACCUCCAGCCUCUGGCACAGGUCCCUCCGGCUGCCGCAGUCAUGCUCAUCACGGCCUUCCUUGCCUGCUUCACCGAGUUUGCCUCCAACACAGCCACCAUCAUCAUCUUUUUACCUGUCAUCGCUGAACUGGCUAUCCUUGUCUCUGUGAACCCGCUCUACUUCAUGUUACCUGCCACUGUGGGCUGCUCCUAUGCCUUCAUGCUUCCAGUGUCCACUCCUCCAAACUCGAUCGCUUUUGCUUCAGGACAUCUCCGAAUAAAAGAUAUGGUGAAGACAGGCUUCAUCAUGAACAUCCUGGGCAUCCUGUGUGUGUCUCUGGCCGUGAACACGUGGGGCUGCUUUAUGUUUGAUCUGAGCUCAUAUCCAGAAUGGGCCCAUCCCAUCAACUCCACUGCAGGAGCCACCAGCAUCAAGCUCUCACCCAUCCAAAACACUACGCUCUGAUUGAAACACUACACUCUGAAGGAGGGGUAGGAGCGACUGUGAAAUGGUCUGACACUAAAGGACAUAUGGACCCAACUUAAGAAAAAAAUGGGACAUUAAUGGAUGGGAGACGACAUAGGAAAAGUGAUGUAAAUGAUGCACAUGGACAACUAAAUAAGACCACAAGGGCAUACUUCUUAAAUAGUAAGGUUCUUCAUGUUAAUACUGACUGU